UGAAUUUCUUUGAAGAACCUGAAUGGGCAUUAUGUUCGCACUCUUUGAGUGUCUGUUACGUGUUUGAACACUACGAAAUUCAAAAUAUUUUGUCAAUUUUCCUCUUGUUUACUGCAUUAUUUUUCCAGAUCUUACAGUUUUAUUAAAGAAAAACUUUAUAUGGUUUUCGAAGAAGGUGAUUAAUUUUCCGAAUUUAGUGUUUCAUGGAGUGCCCUCAUUUAGAAGACAAUGCCUGUAUAACGACCCCGAAUCUAAAGAGUGAGAAUCUACCUUCACGUUUUCUUUGUGGUGUUUGUAAAACAGAACAGAGUCCAUGGAUUUGCCUGAAGUGUGGGCGUAUCCACUGUGGGAGAUAUGUAAAUGGACAUGCCAAGCUCCACCAUGAAGAAUCAACAAACCAUGCAGUGUGUAUGGACUGCGACAACUUUGCCGUUUUUUGUUAUAAGUGUGACGAGUUUGUUAUCAAUGAUACCACACCAGGCCACCUUGAGAAGCUCCGCAAACAGCUGCAGUCCAUCACCAGUGCACAGGCAUAUAUGAGACAAAAGCCAAGAAGAAGAUGUUCAACUGACUCUCAGGAAAAUGAAAGGUCAACAAAAAAGAUGAAAAAGGAUGUCCAGUUAAGAAAACCAAGGUCUUCAGGACUAAGGAAUCUGGGAAACACAUGUUUUAUGAAUGCAGUAUUACAGUCUCUAAGCAACAUUCAACAGUUUUGUGGCUAUAUCAAGCAACUGCCAUCCUUAGAAGAAAAAGCAACAAAAGUCAAGAAAGUCCAGACAAGAAAUUCAAAAACAACAGAGGAGGAUAUUUUAUUGGUUGAAGAACUGAGGAAAACCUUGUGUGCUUUAUGGCAAGGCUCAAAGGGUGCCAUUUCUCCCGAAUCCUUGUUUGCUGUAAUUUGGAAGGUUGUCCCCAGGUUCAGGGGAUACCAACAGCAAGAUGCCCAUGAAUUCAUGCGAUAUCUCCUUGACCGCCUUCACACGGAACUGCUGACUCUCCUACCCUACCCCAACAGUGACAGUCCAUUUAUUGGACCCAAGGGCAAGAGCACCAUAGUCACGGCUAUUUUUGGAGGCCUCCUCCAAAACGAAGUCAAGUGUCUUGAAUGUGGGGUGGAGUCUAAAAAACACGAUCCGUUUCUAGAUUUAUCACUUGAUAUACCACAACAGUUUUGUCACAGGAGUGUGAAAGCCAAGGACGGAGUAGAGCAGCCAAGGUGUACCCUCUCAGAUUGUUUACAAAGUUUUACUGACCUUGAGGAACUUGAAGAAUCUGAGCUCUAUAUGUGUAGCAACUGUAAGAAAAAACAGCGCUCCACCAAAAAAUUCUGGAUCAGGAGAUUGCCAAAUGUUCUCUGUUUACAUAUAAAACGUUUCCGAUGGCAGUCUUUCUUCAGGGUGAAAUUGGAGACAUUUGUAGAGUUUCCAUUGGAAGGCUUGAACAUGCACAAGUAUAUUCUAGAUAACAUGCAUGAGACUCGGGGAAGUUGUGGAGGAAGUAAUGAGUAUGACCUUGCGGCUGUUGUGGUCCAUCAUGGGUCAGGGGCAGGAUCAGGUCACUAUACAUCAUAUGCUAGGCAUGAAGGACAGUGGUUCCAUUUUAAUGACAGUACUGUGACUCCUUGUGAACCGGAAACUGUGGCCAAAUGUAAGGCGUACAUCUUGUUCUAUAUACGCCGGCAGUUCAAGGUCCCAGACUAUUUAUCCAUCAGAAACGGAAAGUAAGACCAAAAAAAAACAACACAACAUCGCCCGAUCAGAGCUGUUGUGUUGUUCUAGUGUGGACCAUAUCGACGACCAAAAGAAGAAAAUGAAGGAUAGAAGAAGCACAUUUUUUUGUUCAUUUUUUUGUCACAUUUUGUGUAGUUGUUGAUCAGCUUGUUUAUUUUUAGAAUGUGUUUGAUUGCAUCUCCAUUUUGAGCAUGUCUGAAUGAUGUGGUGUGAUGUAUACCGAACUGAAAGCUAUGCUUUUUCAUAGUCAAUUUUCAUAGUAUUAUCAAUGGAGAAAUAGAUGUACAUGAAUGAUGGGUUAUCUCCCCAUGUCAAUACAUCCAGGCUUUUAUGAUUGUAAAUUGUUUUUGUGUAAAUGUAAAUUAUUCCAGCAGGUUUGUAGGAUAUUUGUAUAAAAAUUUCCUUGUGGUCUCCAUUUCAAUCCAAGCAAUGACAGGUGUCUUCAAUUUGCUAAAUUACAAACACUGAUAAUACACUGAACCAUGUACUUUUGUUUGUAAAAAUUUUUAUUUUACAUCCAAGAGUCAUCUCUGAGUUUUUUUUUUCACAGUUUCAACUCGAACUGUAAUAAAUAAAGAAUAUGCUGUGCUUUUCUGUUUUUGGCAGGAAAGAUGUCAUUACAUGUAAGUUUUAUGAAAAUAAUAAAUGUAACAUUUUAAAAUGUUCAUCAUUCAUUAAGCAGUAAUAGAUGAAAGGUUGCUCUUCUUUAGCAAUUGGUGUUGAUAUUCCACCAGUUCAAUAAUGUCAGGUUGUAUUUUUAAAUUUUUUUUUUUGGUUUUUGUUUCAUGUGUACUUUACAGCUGUGCUCAGACAGACUUUCCUCCCUUUUAACGUUUUUGAAGAUAACAUUGACCUUUUUUGUAAACAGCAGGAGUGUUAUUUAGAUUGUCAAUUUUCCUUUCCUACAUGUGCUAAAAUGUAGUCAGGAAAAAAGGGUAAAAAGAAAUUAUUUGUAUAUCUAAUGUUUUAAAAAAUGUAACAAAAAAGCAAUGUGUACAAUAUUGGCAUUGUGUUUUGGUACUCAUUUUAAAACAGGGUCAUAUAUUACUUAUUAUUGUGAAAAUUAUUACAUUGUUUCUAUUGGAAAAAAAAAAAUUAAAAUUCAUUUGUAAGAAGUUAUGCCUGUUAGAUUGCUCUGGUAUGUGUAAAAAUUUUGCUUGUCAGUUGUAAAGAAGAAUUUGGUAUAAAUGAUUCAAUGCUAUAUGCCCUCGCUGGUUCAGAGGUUAGUUUUUGCCAUCCUCUCCUCCUCAUUUGCGAAUUUGUUCAUGUGCUGAGCACUGGAUCAAAAAGAUACAUUUUUUUGUUUUACUGCGAUCAAAUGACACUUGUCAAUAAAAAUUUAACAUUACAAAAGCA